GUGAGUUUUUCCAUCAUCGCCGGCUUCCCUCUGUGGGAAAGGAACACAGAAGACUUCGGAUCUUCCAGCUCCGGGUUCCACAACCCCAACCCCAAAGGACUAGUUAGAAUUUUCACAAUCUCGCGACGCAGGCGCUGGAGCGUUGCUCGCGGUGUUCUCGCGAGACUUGGUUCUAGCCGAUCAUGUGACAAUCCAAGAUGGCGGUGCCCGGCGAGGCGGAGGAGGAGGCGACAGUUUACCUGGUAGUGAGCGGUAUCCCCUCCGUGUUGCGCUCGGCCCAUUUACGGAGCUACUUUAGCCAGUUCCGAGAAGAGCGCGGCGGUGGCUUCCUCUGUUUCCACUACCGGCAUCGGCCUGAGCGGGCCCCUCCGCAGGCCGCUCCUAACUCUGCCCUAAUUCCUACCGACCCAGCCGCUGAGGGCCAGCUUCUCUCUCAGACUUCCGCCACCGAUGUCCGGCCUCUCUCCACUCGAGACUCUACUCCAAUCCAGACCCGCACCUGCUGCUGCGUCAUCUCGGUAAGGGGGUUGGCUCAAGCUCAGAGGCUUAUUCGCAUGUACUCGGGCCGCCGGUGGCUGGAUUCUCACGGGACUUGGCUACCGGGUCGCUGUCGCAUCCGCAGACUUCGGCUACCUACGGAGGCAUCAGGUCUGGGAUCCUUUCCCUUCAAGACCCGGAAGGAACUGCAGAGUUGGAAGGCAGAGAAUGAAGCCUUCACCCUGGCUGACCUGAAGCAACUGCCAGAGCUGAACCCACCAGUGCUGAUGCCCAGUGGGAAUGUGGGGACUCCCCUGCGGGUCUUUUUGGAGUUGAUCCGGGCCUGCCGCCUACCCCCUCGGAUCAUCACCCAGCUGCAGCUCCAGUUCCCCAAGACAGGUUCCUCCCGGCGCUACGGCAAUGUGCCUUUUGAGUAUGAGGACUCAGAGACUGUGGAGCAGGAAGAGCUUGUGUAUACAGCAGAGGGUGAAGAAAUACCCCAAGGAACCUACCUGGCAGAUAUACCAGCCAGCCCCUGUGGAGAGCCUGAGGAAGAAGUGGGGAAGGAAGAGGAAGAAGAGUCUCACUCAGAUGAGGACGAUGACCGGGGUGAGGAAUGGGAACGGCAUGAAGCGCUGCAUGAGGACGUGACCGGGCAGGAGCGGACCACUGAGCAGCUCUUUGAGGAGGAGAUUGAGCUCAAGUGGGAGAAGGGUGGCUCUGGCCUGGUGUUUUAUACUGAUGCCCAGUUCUGGCAGGAGGAAGAAGGAGAUUUUGAUGAACAGACAGCCGAUGACUGGGAUGUGGACAUGAGUGUGUACUAUGACAGAGAUGGUGGAGACAAGGAUGCCCGAGACUCUGUCCAAAUGCGUCUGGAACAGAGACUCCGAGAUGGACAGGAAGAUGGCUCUGUGAUCGAACGCCAGGUGGGCACCUUUGAGCGCCACACCAAGGGCAUUGGGCGGAAGGUGAUGGAGCGGCAGGGCUGGGCUGAGGGCCAGGGCCUGGGCUGCAGGUGCUCAGGGGUGCCUGAGGCCCUGGAUAGUGAUGGCCAACACCCCAGAUGCAAGCGUGGAUUGGGGUACCAUGGAGAGAAGCUACAGCCAUUUGGGCAACUGAAGAGGCCCCGUAGAAAUGGCUUGGGGCUCAUCUCCACCAUCUAUGAGCCUCUACCCCAAGACCAGACGGAGUCACUGCUCCGCCGCCAGCCACCCACCAGCAUGAAGUUUCGGACAGACAUGGCCUUUGUGAGGGGUUCCAGUUGUGCUUCAGACAGCCCCUCAUUGCCUGACUGACCGGGUUGGGGGCUUCCUUUCAUAGCUACAUGAUGAAAACCCUCUGCCCUGGCCUCAUCUACCACUGAAGCAGAAAGGAGUCUGGGAGCAGCAGUCUUCGUGGCUGGUUCAGGGUGUUUUGUUCCGAGCCUUCCUGCCUGCCGGUUCUAUACCUCAGGGGCAUUUUUACAAAAAGCCCCCUCCCGUCCCCUCCCCUUGGAUAUUAGGGGUAACGACCGCUUGUCUUUGGUCUCUAACCCUAAUCUCUGGGCUUGCCCUUUGCCUCCUGCAGAACUUUAAAAAGCUGGGUUGAGUGAGGCUAUCAGCGCAGCCUUCCUUGGGGACUCUGAAGGUGUCCCCACGAAGGCCAGAAAGGGGGAAAGGGACCUGGGCGAGGAGAGGAUUUGUGGUGCUUGGAAGAGCCGGCCUUGGGUGGGCCCUCCACCGCCUCUACCCUCACUGGGUGGGACUGCCAGCAGAGAGUCCGCGGGAGGUGGCUUGGGUGUGCGACGUCACGGAAGAAUAAAGACGUUUACUACUGGA